GUCCUCGCGCGCCCCCCGCGUCCCCCGCGCGCCCAGCUCUAAAGUAAACACCCAGGAGCGGCGGCGGCGAGACGGGUGCAGCUCGCCCGCUACGCGCCCAGCCCGUCCCGGCCGGGGUGCUGCGGGCCACCGAGCCAUGGCGGAGGGUGUGCCGCCCUCGCCCGCCGGCAGCCGGGGCCUGCACAGCGGCAUCAUCCAGUGGUUGGUGGACAAUUUCUGCGUCUGUGAAGGGUACAGUGUGCCUCGCUGUCUCAUGUACGAGAUCUACGUGGAGACCUGCGGACAGGACGCUCAGAACCAAGUCAACCCAGCAAUGUUUGGGAAGCUUGUGCGCUUGGUUUUUCCUGAUCUUGGCACCCGGAGGCUGGGUACAAGAGGAAGUGCCAGGUAUCAUUAUGAUGGAAUCUAUAUCAAGAAAAGUUCUUUCUUCUAUGCCCACUAUUGCUACCUGCUGGGUGAGAAAAGCUAUCCCAGUGAAGAUGCUGUUGCCUUUGAAAAGUCUACUGACUAUAGCAGCAUUAUCCAAGAAGAAAUGUGUGAAAAUCAUUCACCAAUAAAGACAGACCCAGCUGGAUCUCCUUUGUCUGAAUUCAGAAGAUGUCCAUUUUGGGAGCAAGAGCUGGCAAAGAAACACUCCUAUAAAAUGAUGGCUUGCCUUGCUGAUAAAUACUACAACUAUUGUCAAGAUAUUUUACAAAACGUGAGGAACCAAGAACUCCAGAGGGUGGAGGACUUGCUCACGUCCUUCUGGAGAUCUCUGCAGCAAGACACCAUCAUGCUGAUGUUAUUGCCUGAUGUGCACCAGCUCUUGAAAUGUUAUGACACACAGCUCUACAAGGGAAUUGAGGAUGUUCUCCUUCAUGACUUCUUGGAAGAUGUUUCUAUUCAGUACCUGAAAUCUGUCCGGAUAUUUAGUAAGAAAUUUAAGCUGUGGCUUCUUAAUGCUUUGGAAGGGUUUCCAACCCUCUUACAGAUCUCCAAACUCAAAGAAGUCACUGUGUUUGUCCAAAGACUCAGAAGAAAGACAUACCUUUCCAACAUGGCAAAGACUAUGAGAAUGGUAUUGAAGAAUAACAGGAGAGUCAGCGUCUUGAAAUCAGAUCUGCAUGCCAUCGUCAAUCAAGGUGCUUUGGAUAUUUCUAAGAAAGCCCUGGCGAGUGACCACGAAGAGGGACUGGAGAGCCAUACAGAGAUGAAAUGUUUAAGCUGUUUAAUUUCUUUACUGGGAACAUCAACAGAUCUCGGUGUGUUCCUGAAUUGUCUGUCCUCAAAUCUCCAAGCCUUUGUCUUCCAGUCAAGCAGAAGCAAAGAAGAGUUCAUAAAACUGGCUGCCAGCUUCCAACUACGAUGGAAUUUCCUUCUCACUGCUGUGAGCAAAGCCAUGACCCUCUGCCACAAAGAGAGUUUUGGCUCCUGGCAUCUGUUUCAUCUGCUGCUUUUGGAAUACGUGAUUCACAUACUUCAGUCAUACAUAGAGGAGGAAGAGGAAGAGGAGGACAUGGGGAAUCUCAAAGACAUGCUGCCAGAUGACCAGUCUCUCAUCCAGCCAGUCCCGGCCCUUUUCCAUCCCCUAGAUUCUCCGCCAACUCAGGAGUGUGCAAGCCCAAGUGCAGAGCCACCCUGGGUGACCCUGAAACACACAAGCCAGAGCCCCAGCCCUGUGGGCAUGAGCAACAUGAUUCUCCGGGUCCUGGGCUUCCUGGUAGACGCUACCACAGGCAAUAAGCUCAUCCAGGUAUUGUUGGAAGACAAGGCUACUGAAAGCGCCAUCAAACUCAGCCUUCCUGUGGGACAAGAGGCCCUCAUAACCCUCAAAGAUGGACAAAAAUUUGUGAUUCAUAUAUCAGAUGUACCCCAGAGCUCUGAAAAUAUUUAUUUCAGAGAAAGCAAUGCUAAUAUGCAAGAUGGUUUAUUUGAAUAGGGCAUGAGGAAACAGAUAGACUUGCGUUCUUACAAAUAUAUACUAAUGCUUUUGUAAUUGGUAAGAAAGAAAAUUUUUAUGUAUAUAAUAGUUGUAGCAUUUUACGUUUAUAUGUAUUUCAGGAGUUGGUUUUGGUCAAACUAUAAACUGA